AUGAUUGAUAGGGUCAAUGCAACAAACCCUGGAAAUACACUUUAUGUAACAGGUCUGUCCAGCAGAGUUACUGAAAAGGACCUUGAGAUGCACUUCUCAAAGGAAGGGAAGGUGGUUGAAUGCUAUUUAAUUGUGGAACCACGCACUCGUGCCUCUCGAGGUUUUGCGUUUGUCACCAUGAAUAAUGUUGAAGACGUUGAACGCUGUAUCAUAUAUCUCAACAAUUCUGUUAUGGAGGGCAGAUACAUUAGUGUUGAGAAGAAGACAAUACUUCAGCUCUGUUGCAGCAACAAGAUGAUGAGUUCAUCCUUUCAAUUUUAG